UACACCGUUGAUGGGAAAAUGGUCACUUGUCUGCAAGACUUUUUUGGGGAAGAUGACAUAUUUAUUGCUUGUGGGCCGGAAAAAUUCCGCUAUCAAGAUGACUUUAACUUGGAUGAAACUGAAUGCAGAGUGGCCAAGUCUUCCUCAUAUGGACGGAUCUCCUCAAUGCAAGGUCGCUGUUCCCCCAAAAGUGGAGGCUUUUCCCGCAGAAGCAAAUCCCCGUCAUCCCCUGGUUCAGUUAACGGCAACGCAGGCAGUCAGCUGUCGACCCCUCGCUCGGGGAAAUCUCCAAGCCCCUCCUCGACCAGCCCAGCUAGCCUUAGAAGACGGCAGGGAUCCCCCUGCAGCGGCUCUUCACUCUCACUGGCUUCCACCAAGAUCUGCAGCUCCAUGGAUGACGAUGGCUCCGGGGUUGAAG